UUGGGCAUUUCGGGAACAAGUUUGCUGAUCUGGAUCUCGCGCGGUUAAAAGCUGAGACUCGCCGGAGCGAGAAGUAGAACAGCAAGAGCACCAUCAAUGGCGACGGAGAACGCUCCUCCUCCGAUGGACGAGAAGGUUCGGAGGACUCGAGAGCUCCUUGCGAGCUUCUACUCCUCCGAUCCCUCCAUCGCCUCCGCUGGUGGCCCUCCUUCCCCCUCUUCCGCCGCCCAAUCCGCCUCUCUUGAUUCUAUUAACUCUCCCUCUUUUGAUCCUGAUGUUUAUAUGAACCUCUUGAUUCAAAAAUCAAAUCUUGAGGGGCUUCUUCAAAAGCAUGUUGAGAUGGCAGCUGAGAUCAAGAAUCUUGAUACUGACUUGCAAAUGCUAGUUUAUGAAAAUUAUAACAAGUUCAUCAGUGCCACUGAUACUAUUAAAAGGAUGAAAAAUAAUAUAAGUGGAAUGGAGACAAGCAUGGAACAUCUUCUGGAAAAAAUUAUGUCUGUUCAAUCCAGGAGUGUCACAGUAAAUACAUCUCUAUUUGAGAAAAGAGAGCACGUAGAAAAAUUGCAUCGAACUAGAAAUUUAUUGCGUAAAGUUCAGUUCAUAUAUGAUCUUCCCUCCCGACUUGGAAAGUGCAUAAAGUCAGAAGCAUAUGCAGAUGCAGUGAGGUUUUUUACUGGUGCAAAACCUAUUUUUGAGGCAUAUGGAGAGUCAUCUUUUCAAGAUUGUAAAAAGGCGUCUGAGGAGGCUAUGCAGGUGGUCAUUCAAAAUCUCCAGGAAAAACUGUAUUCAGAUUCUGAACCUAUUGAAGCAAGAGCUGAGGCAGUUGUGCUUCUUAAACAACUUAACUUCCCUGUAGACAGCUUAAAGUCAAAGCUACUUGAGAGGUUGGAGGAAUUCCUUUUGAGAUUCCAGAUUGAAUCUGAAGUAGUGGAGGGAAUAGUGGAAGACAGCAGUGAAUCUUCUAAAGUAGGAAAGGCAUCAGAUCCAGUACCAACUAAACCUCCAACUGUGAGUACUGACCAGGCUUCCAUCAAUGAGUUCUCCAAGAUGGUUCAUGCUUUUCUUAUAAUAUUUCCGGAUACUGAGAAACGGCUAAUAGAACUUUCACAAGACUUGUUUUCCAGGCGCUAUGGAAGCAUUCAAAAGAAAAUAGAAAAGCGAAUAUCUUCUGCAAAUUUACUGGCUAUGCUGCGGGUUGUCUCGGCGGAUGUGGCUGUAGUGGAUGAAGUUCUGCCUGAGGCUGCUCUUCCUGUUUUUUCUCUAGAGGCUGCUAGUGACAUUAUCAGAAAUUAUAUCUCGUCCUCUUUCACUCAUCUUUUGCUUGAAAUCUCAGAAUCACUCACAAGAACACAACCUUCACUGGAGGAAGGCGCAAAAGAAUCACCUUUGCAGAUUGCUUUGGAAAGCAGCAAGAAGGCUGUGAUUCAGGGAAGUAUGGGUCUCUUAUUGGAUUUCCGCCAGCUUAUUGAGGAUAAUGUUGGCUUGGCGAAGUUAAGAGACUUAAUUAUCGACUUGGUUCAAGAAGGUUUCCAAGACUUUUUCCAGAAACUUGAACAGAGUUUCCUUCUUCUUUCUGGAAGAGCUAAUGCCAAUAAUCUAGAUUCAACGAUCGUAAACUCCGUACAGGUAGACAAAGUGCAAGCUGGACUUACCCUUGUGGUGGCCCAACUUUCUGUAUUUAUAGAGCAAAGUGCAGUUCCUAGAAUUAUGGAGGAAAUUGCUGUUUCUUUCUCUGGAGGUGGUCUUCGUGGCUAUGAGAAUGGGCCAGCAUUCGUGCCAGGAGAGAUCUGUCGAUUAUUCCGUGCAUCUGGUGAAAAACUUCUGCAUAAUUAUAUAAAUGUGAAAACUCAGAAAAUUUCCAUCCUUCUGAAAAAGAGGUUUACAACACCGAACUGGAUCAAGCACAAGGAACCAAGGGAAGUCCAUAUGUUUGUUGAUUUGCUCCUUCAUGAGUUGGAUGGCAUUGGAAUUGAAGUGAGACAAAUAUUACCUCAUGGGCUUAUUCGAAGGCACCGUCAUUCUGACAGCACAGGAAGCACUAAUUCUUCACGUAGUAAUCCAAUACGUGAGGAUAAAACAGCCAGGUCAAAUUCACACAGAGCCAGAAGCCAGCUUCUUGAAAGCCAUCUGGCAAAGUUGUUUGAGCAAAAAAUGGAAAUCUUUACAAAAGUCGAGUAUACACAGGAGUCAAUUAUAUCAACCAUAGUAAAACUCUGCUUGAAAAGCUUGCAAGAAUUUGUUCGACUGCAGACAUUUAAUCGUAGCGGGUACCAGCAGAUUCAGCUGGAUAUUGAGUUUCUGAAGAACCCUUUGAAAGAUUUUGUUGAUGAUGAUGCAGCCAUUGACUUCCUACUAAAAGAGAUAAACCAUGCUGCUCAUGAACGGUGUUUGGAUCCAAUUCCUCUGGAGCCUCCGAUAAUUGACAAACUUAUACAGGCCAAGCUAGCCAAGAACAAAGAACAGAGUCCAAGCAUGCAGUGACAAUCAAAUUUUUUGUAUAUUUGGUAAGUUGUGUUUGCUUCCACAGGUUCAAACUUCUAGACCAAUUCAUCAAUUGUUAUUGAAUGAUGUGAUUAUGUAGUGAAUCUUAAAUCAUUAAAUUGACCAAUAAUCCCCAGAAAUUUUGGACCAAUAACAAUGCUAUUUAACUUAUCUUA